UUUGCCCAGUCGCCCGUUUCCGUCUUCCCAGCGCCUGUUAGCCAUUGUCGUCUCUGUACCGGGUUUUCAGGGUUUGAUUGGGCACAAGAGAGCGAACGUCGUUGUGACUUCGGUAUUUAAAGUUGAAAGAACAGGUGGAGCGGAUUUUUUACGACAAAAGGGCGAACUCAGCUGUACAAUCAUGUAUGGCAACGGAUAUUCCAAUCAAACUUCUUACAGACCCCGGCAAAACAGGGAGUAUGGCAACAGGGGCGUGGGUGGGACGUACUGGAACAGCCAGCAGCACCAUCAGCAGGCUCACCAGCCGAACCCCCAGUCCCAGAACACCUACAACAUGAAAAAGAAUCCAAACCAGAAGAAGUGCCCAGGUGAUUCCCUGAAGAAGCCCUCGUGGGACAUGGGAGCUCUCCCCCAAAUAACGAAGAACCUCUACGUGCCCCAUGCCAACAUCAGAAGCCGCACCCCAGACGAGGUGACGCAGUACCACAUCGGCAAGGAAAUCACAGUGAAAGGGAACAACACCCCCUACCCCAUCCAGGCAUUCGAGGAGAGUAACUUCCCGGACUACGUGAUGCAGGAAAUUCACAAGCAGGGAUUCCAGGAGCCAACAGCAAUCCAGGCCCAAGGCUGGCCAAUAGCCCUCAGUGGACGUGACAUGGUGGGCAUUGCCCAAACAGGCUCAGGGAAGACCCUAGCCUACAUUCUCCCCGCAACAGUUCACAUAAACCAUCAGCCCCGUCUCACUCGCGGAGAGGGCCCCAUAGUCCUGGUCCUGGCUCCCACUCGAGAGCUCGCCCAACAGAUCCAAAGUGUGGCACGUGAUUUCGGCACAACCUCGCACAUUCGCAACACGUGCAUUUUCGGUGGCUCCCCAAAGGGUCCCCAGGCCCGUGACCUCGAGCGAGGUGUCGAGAUCUGCAUUGCAACACCAGGAAGACUCAUUGAUUUCCUCGAGAAGGGAACGACAAACCUGCGCAGAUGUACUUACUUGGUAUUGGACGAGGCCGAUCGCAUGCUGGACAUGGGCUUCGAGCCCCAGAUAAGAAAGAUCAUCGAGCAAAUUCGCCCCGACCGUCAGGUCCUCAUGUGGUCUGCAACGUGGCCAAAAGAGGUUCAAGCACUUGCCGAGGACUUCCUCAGCGACUACAUCCAGAUCAACAUUGGAUCCCUUACCCUCGCUGCCAACCACAACAUUCGUCAGAUCAUCGAGAUAUGUCAGGAGCACGAGAAGGAGUCCAAACUCGCUGGACUACUCCGUGAGAUUGGCUGCGAACGAGGCAACAAGACCAUCAUUUUUGUCGAGACCAAGAAGAAGGUGGACGACAUAACUAAGGCCAUAAAACGUGAGGGAUGGUCUGCCAUUGCCAUUCACGGUGACAAAUCCCAGCCAGAACGUGACUUCGUUCUGUCAGAAUUUAGAAAUGGAAAGACUUCGAUUCUCGUGGCCACUGAUGUGGCAGCUCGUGGUCUCGACGUUGAGGACGUCAAGUACGUCGUUAACUUUGAUUAUCCGAACAGCUCAGAGGACUACAUCCACAGGAUUGGGAGGACUGGACGUUGUCAGGCUGCUGGAACAGCUUACGCCUACUUCACCCCGAAUAACGCACGUCAGGCGAAGGAGCUGAUUUCUGUUCUCGAAGAGGCUGGACAAGUCAUCAAUCCUCAGCUGGCUGAUUUGGCCAAUUCCCAGAGGGGUAAUUUCGGCAAAGGACGUCAACGCUGGAACACAGCUCGCCCCUCAAACAAGGAGAACAGCUCAAGCCCAAGGAGCAAUUCCAGUCCAACUGGCAAUACAUGGCAUAAUAAUCAUAGCAAUAGUUAUCAGCAUCACCAGCAGAAUGGACAGGAUCGACAGAUGAUACCCAGGCAGCAUGGCUAUGUCCCGAGGAAUGUACAGGGCUAUCAGAAUAAUUAUCAGGGACAACAACGACAGAACAAUGGAUACCAUCAGAAUGGCUACCAGAAUGGCAACAAUCCAAAUUAUCAGGGUAAUCAGGGACAGCAGAGGUACCAGAAUCGUCCGAAUGGCUAUCAGGGCAGUCGUAUGAACUCAGCACCAAGGCAGAAUGGCUAUCCAACACCUGGCAAUCAGAAUGGACAGGGACUGUACUCAAUGCCACCACCAUUCAUCAUGCCAUCUGGUGGACAUGCUGAUUCUGGAAUUCAGAGUAUUGUUAACAACAAAUUCUUCCAGACUAACAGACCACCACCAACUGCCAAUGCCUGUGCUUAUCAGUCCAUGAGCUAUGGACAGUUCCAGGCUGUUCCACCUUAUGGAUAUCCUUAUCCACCAACACCUGUUCAACAGUGAGAUGAUCCUGGUAUCGAGGUAAAUUAAUAAAUCGGGGUUUUUGGGUCUUAUUUUUUUGUUCUGGGGUCAGAGGAGGUAAAUUCAAGGUAUUGAUAUCGUAUAUGUGUAAUCGUAUUAACAAUUUUCACAUUGAAAAAUAUUAUUGAUGGAAAUUGGAGAAUUUUUCUUUCAGUGUUCGUGGAUAGAUAGAUAUACGAACUACAAAUUUUCUUUUCUGUUUCGUCCAGUAAUUGAUAGGAAUUAUUCUCAUAUAGUUUUAGUUUUCCUCGUUUCUUUUUUUGGUUCAUUUUUUUUCUGCUAUUUUGUCUGGAAUGGUGCGAGACAUUGGCGAAAUUUAUCAUCGAUUUUGUUUUUUCGUAUUUUUGGCUUUUGUCAUGGUAAAUUGCACAGCAUAUUUCUCGAGUACAAUUUAUGAUUAAUCGAGCUGGGGAGGAUUUGAUAAAAUGGGGGGAAAAAUGUUAAUGAAUAAUGCGCCAAUAAUUUGAGGCACAUUCCAGUCGAGUCUUUGACGUAGAUAAUAGCUCGAUGAAAAUAGCAACUGGUAUAAUGAAGAAUAUAUUAAUAAUUGAAAAUGAUAAAACACGAGAAGAUAAAAUAAUUAUCGAUUAAAAUAUGGCCACGAGUAUAAUUGAAAUGUUGGUCAGAUUAAAAAAAAAAUUACAUUUAAUGCUAAUUGAAUAGUAAUCUCUUUGCAAAGUAAUCAUUAUGUACAACUAUCUGUAUGCUUUUCUGAAAUGCACGAAACGUAUAGAAGGGGGGUGGGUUAGGAUAAUUCAUAAUUUAUAAUUUAAUUUAAUGGGAAAAUGAGAAAAAAAUUUAAGAGAGAAUAAUAAAUGGAGAAGACACUUUUUGCGUGAAUAAAGGGAAAAACACUGCUGAAGACGCUCUACGAAACAAGUAGACAAUUAAUGAAAAAUUAAAUUAAAAAAAAAACGUUAAGGCCUUUUGCAUAAAAAAGUAAGUAAAGAGCCCAUUGCGCCCAAAGAAGUCAAAACAGAAUUUAAAAUAAAGCCAAACAGUUGGAAAAAUCUGUUGGUUAAUUGCGACGAGACUGGAUGUGUCUCGAUAAUUUCCAAAAUAAAUGAAAAAAACCAAUGAAAUAAUUAAUUGAAAUUUCAAUAAAUGGGUUUCAAAUGGGCGCAUAGUCCGCAUGGCUGUGCAAACCAAUAGCAAAGCUCGGUACCUUAUUUUUGUAUGAAGUUAAAAUGAUAAAAAAAAAGAUGUCACAAGGCGAAGAGACUAAAAAUAAUUUGUUGUUAGACCAACAAAUUGCGAAAAAAAAACAUGAAAAUGUUAUAUUUUAUGCAAAUGGCCACCGAGUGGCCCUCACAAAGUGCAGGCACGUGCAUCGAGUGGGCCGAAAAUAUUUAAUAUUAAUGAAGAAAAAAAAAGAAUCUAAAGUUCCCUAAUUGUACCUGUUUUUAGUUCUCUUUCUUUCUCAAAUUCGUCUAAAUUAAUCUAUUUCUCAUCCCAUAAUCCUUUUUUUCUUUCAUUCAUGUGAUAGUUUAAUUGAAUACGACUCCUAGGUUGUCAAUGUUUUUUUUCUUUUUCAUUUUUAAUGUAUUAUCAUUAGAAACGAACCGGUAGGAGGAGAAAUGUGAAGAUAAUUGUCCAAUCCGUGUUUAGAUAACUACGAAACUAGGCGUCUUUGCGCAAUCUAUUAAACUAAAUAAUCCUACGAUUUACGUUUUUCUCUGUCUCAAAUGGCUCGUGUUAGUAAUGACCAGUUUUUCAUGGAUCUUUUUUUCUCAUUUGAAGUACAGAAAAUUAGCUGUUUCGGCUAUUGAGCGGCCGGGCGCUGCGCUUUAAUUUAAUAUUUAAUAGGGACAAAUGAGAGAGAAGAGAGAAACAAAACCACAAAAUAAAUGAUAACAAAUGCCUUAUCAUAACGAGGAUCUCCGAGACCAACGGUAUUUAACUAAUGUUUUUUUUUGCAUGUGUAUAUUUUCUGCGGCCCUCCGCAAUCCGCAUCUCACGUCUGAUCGAGCUUCUUGUCUUAAAUAAAUUAAAUUAAAGAAACAAACAGAAUAAAUAUAAUGUAUUAAUUAAAAUGAAGGGAAAACGCACACAUUUGAAUCUCAGGUAAAAAUGUGAGAACAGAUGAUACCAGAUGAUUUUAUAAUUUUGCCACUUUUAAUGAUAAAUCAUUGAAUUUAUUCGCGCGAAGUAAAAUCGACGGACGAUGAGAAAUUUCAUUAAUUUUUUUUUUCUCUGAAUAAUGAUGAAAAAAACGUUCAGGAGAAAGUGGGUGGAAGGAGAGUGGAAACUGAGGGUUUAAGGAAAGCUGGAGGCUCCCGUACAUUAGCGUAUGCCUUUCGUCGUCUUAAUUAACGUUAAUUAAUUAAUAACAACGGAGGGUAAACGCGUAGUUCUGUGAUAUGUAAAAUGUAGCGCAUAGAAAAAAAAACACUGAGAGAUAACUACAAUAAAAAAAAAGUUAUGGAGAAAAAUGAGAAAUUUAAAUUCUAAUGCGCGACAUUGGAUUUAAAAAUAGGGGGGGAAAAAUGUGAAAACAAAAACUUAUCUCGCCUCAUUUUUAUAUAUGUGGUAUACCAUAUCAUGUUUAAAACAAAAUAAAGAGUCGAUGAAUUUGCUCCAUCGUACUUGGGACUUGAACAAGUGAAUAAAAAGUCAUUAAAAAAAAAUAACAAGGAUUAAUAAAUUGAGAUGAGAGAACGGCAGUUUUGUGAGUCUCCCAACUGAUUGGUCCAAUUGAGGAAAAAAAAUAUGAAGGGGAUUUUUAUGGUUGAAUUAUUCAAAUGAAUCAAUUAAUUUACAAUGAAAAUAAUUAAAUGAAAAAAUAAAUAAAAUGUAGUGGACAAAAGUUAUGAAUAAACGGGGCAACGACGAGAUCUCUGCUAACUGAUACUCUUUACUGUGAAAAACAAACUCCGACUGUUAGGUAAAUAUUGUUAGGAAAUAGUUGAAUUAUUUUUUUGAAAAAAAAAAAUAGAGAGAAAAACUAAUUGAAUACAGUGAUUGAUGAGAGGAAUGGCAUUUGUCCGAUGCUAAUUGCCAAUUUGUCAGGGUUUUUAAGCUCGUUAACAAAUUAAAAUCAGACACUCUUUUCAUCUGCAAGAGACACACGCACAUUUGAACAAAAUAGGUAGCAUGAGAAAUUUAAUUAAUGAGAUGAACAAAUUUUUUAAUGUGAAAAUUAUAAAUGAAUAAAACGUGUCGCCAAUUGAUGAGAAAGAUAGGCGUGCUUUUUAUCAAUCGAGAAUUGCCAUUUAUGUAAAUAAAUAACGUAUAUAUACAUAAACAAUAUUAUCAAUAGGGAGUUUUGUUGAAGAGUGUUUAAACGCCAGUGCAUAUUUAUCUUUUUAAUCACGAGAAUCAAAACAUUGAAGAUUCUACAGGAAAUUUGAGAAACCUGAAAAUUUCAUCUUUCAAAAUUCUCAGUUAUCUCGUUAACGAGUGGGUUUAGGGGAAAAUGUCAGAGAACAUUUUUUGUUGGAAAUUCAAUUCCCCACAAAAAAUGUCCCAUAACAUUUCUCCCUAAUGUCAGCAGUUUCCGAGAUAAUUCCAGAAUUAACAAAGAUCCUCCUCUUUUCUGUGGAAUAAAAACCUCGAAGUGGUUGCACUCUUAUUCUGUCCUAUUUUACAUUUCCUUUCAUUCUCGUCAUCAAAUUGAACCCUGCAAUCGAUAAAAAAUUAAUUUACGUCGUCACGCGACUCAGAAAUAAUUGAAUAUGGUAUUCAAAUGAGUUAAGAGAGAGAGAGGCGAAAUUUUUUUAGAUUAAUUAAAACAAAAUGUCUAAAAACGAGGUGAACUAUGAACUUCUAGUACCUUGAUUAUAACUGAGCGCUGUGAUAUUGCGUACUAAAACGUGUCUUUUUUUUCUUUUUCUUAUUAAUUGUAAAUCGUCAAUGUGCAUACGGUAAAUGUUGAAACAAUCUCCUUUUUAUACAAGACUGAUCUUUCGCCAAUUUAUACAGGAGUACGAGAAAAAUAAUGAAUAAACGUUUAAUGUGUAUUUGGAAUUUUUGUCGGGUACAACCGAGAAAAAAACGUUUGUUUAUUUCGUCAUGCGUUGAAAUGUCGAUAAAACGAUAAUAACACACAUUUUGUAUAUUCAUUGAUUGUGCUGAGGGAUAUAUUUUAUAUUGAAUCGUACUAAAAUGCCGUCCGAUGAGUGGGAACGGCUAAUUCCCAGUUGCGUUAAUUCCGUAUUCAUUUUUUUUUUUUCAUGAAAUUACGAAAUUGUUGAAGUCAUCCCUGAAUUCAGGAGUGAAACGUGAAAAUCAAAAUUUUCACACUGUUAAUUUGAAUUAUCUGGAGAACGAGUGGCUUUAGAGUAAAACGUGAAGAGACAUUUUUCGUCGGAAAUUUAAUUCUUUACAAAAAAGAUCUUGUGACUUUUCCUCCUAAAACCACUCGUUGCCGAGGUAAAUCGACAAUUACCAAAAAUUUCAAAAUUGACUUUCCACGUUUUCCACUGUUUUUCGAAUAGAGUAAUGAGAAAAUUUUGGAAAAAAGUAAAUGAACGUGUUAGUUUUGUGUGAUGAACACCUACCUUUCUCGAGAAUGUGACACGCCGGCUAAUUGUUGAUAAAACAAAUAAUUAAAGAUCAUAAUUAGUGGAAAUGUUGAUCGAGAGGCGUUUUUACUCCUCAAGUAUAGACACAAUUAAUUUAUUCAGGUACACUUUUUUUUUUUAAUUAACGCAUUUAUCGAUGGAAAAAAUAUCCUAGAGUCUAGUCAAAAUCAUAAAUACGGACUACUUUAUCACUGACACGGGGGUUAUUGCGAUAGAUAAAGCAGAGACGUAACUAUUCGUUCAUCAGAGGGGGGGAAAUGAUUUUUUUACAAAGUGAUAUUGUAGGGAAAAACGCGAACAAUGGGAGGAAAUAUAAUUGGGCGAAGUUAGCAGGCUUGUAUAAGUUUUAUAAUUGAUAUACUAGUUUGUGAUAUUAACUGAAACUAUUGAAAAAAAGAAAACAUAUUGAUGAAAAAUGAGAGAGUACCAAGAAGCCGUUCCCUGGUCGUUAGCCGAGUGUUUAUUCCAAUUGAAUAGUUUUUACAGUUGAUAUGAGAAAAUAAUUAACAUUUAAAAAAUGAGGGUAAAGUGGAAGUGGGGGAAAAUGGAUUUAAUGAAAAUUAAUGAAACAUAGAGAAAAAAAUCGUAUUUAUUUUCUGACCAUGACAUUAUUUGGGAGAAUUUAAUUAAAAUGAUUAAUAACAGUGAUAUUAAAUAUCAUACUGCUCCAAUAUUUCUCACGAGAGAUAAUGAAAAAUAAAUGAUGAAUAAUUAAAGUUGAUAGAAAGUCCUGAAAAAUGUGAUGGAGGAGCAACCCCUUAAGUAGUCUCGUUAACGCCUUCUGUCAUUAAAAGUUUUUUUUUUCGUUCGAGGUUAAAGAAAAAUACGAAACAAAGAUUUAAGUAUGAUUAAAAGAAAUAAAAGGGAGACAAACUCGUUAAUUACGACAAGGCCCCAGGAAUGUGAAGAGGAAUAAUAUUUGAUUGAUGAUAAAAAUGGUGAAUAAUUAUUUGAUUUAAACAUGGAGAAAAUUUUUAAGAGAAAAAGUAACAGAAAAAAUGUAAUUUUCAAAAUGGGUAAAUUACUGCUCUACAUUCAGAUUCUCUUCUGUAGGUUUCACUAAAGUGCAUUUCUUGUAUGUUAUACAGUAUUAUGAAUAGAGAAUAAAAUAAAGAAAAAUCAUAUUGCACCUUUA